GUAUUCCAGCUCCAGUGGUCUACUUUGUGGAUUAUGUCACGAACUCCAUAUAUCUUGAAGAUAUUGUAGACUCUAUUACUGUUCAGGUUCAUAUUUCUUCUGUACAGCAGAGUGGAAAUGACACCAGUAGCCUCCUUACCUUAGGAGAGAAGAUGGGUGAGCUGUUAGCAAGAAUGCACGAUGAAGAUCUCAUACAUGGGGAUCUUACAACUUCCAACAUACUUCUGCGGCCACCUGUGGAGAAGCUGGACUUGGUGCUGAUAGACUUUGGACUCAGUUUUAUUUCAGGUCUUCCGGAGGAUAAAGGAGUUGAUUUGUAUGUUCUGGAAAAAGCCUUCCUUAGUACUCAUCCAGAUGCUGAAGCUGUGUUUAAAGCUUUGUUAAAGACCUAUGCAGAUACGUCCAAAAAAUCUGGUCCUGUGAUCAAAAAGCUGGAUGAAGUACGGCUACGGGGAAGGAAGAGAUCCAUGAUUGGGUAA